AUGUUUAUCACAGACAUAAGGAAGGAAUUUUAUGACGUUGUAACUAACCAGAGAGUCGCUCUCCUGGUGGCGGCAGACAUCGAUGCAGUCUGCGCCUGUAAGAUACUACAGGUGUUGUUCCACUGUGACCAGGUCCAGUACACGCUGGUGCCAGUCGCAGGCUGGCAGGACCUCAGCACCGCCUUCCUCGAACACAAAGAGCAGUUCCAGUAUUUUGUUCUCCUCAACUGCGGCGCAAAUGUCGACCUUCUGGAGAUGCUGCAGCCAGACGACGACUCCGUCUUCUUCAUCUGUGACACUCAUCGGCCUGUAGACGUGGUCAACGUCUAUAAUGACUCCCAGAUAAAGCUGCUGAUCAAACAGGAUGACGACCUCGGCGUUCCCUCCUACGACGAGAUCUUUCGAGACGAUGAGGAAGAUGGCGACUCUGGAAACGAGAGCGACGAAGGCUCCGAGCCUUCUGGGAAGCGGCGGAGAUUCGAGGAAGGGGCGGUUGAGAGGAGGAUUGAGAGGCAGCGGGCGAAGAGGGAGUGGGAGGGACGCAGGAGGGAAAUCUUGUUUGACUACGAGCAGUAUGAAUAUCACGGGACUUCUGCUGCGAUGAUGCUGUUUGAGUUGGCGUGGGUAUUGACCAAAGACACCAAGGACAUGCUCUGGUGGGCCGUCAUCGGACUGACGGACCAGUGGGUUCACGAUAAAAUCACACAUAUGAAGUACGUAACGGACGUCGCCACAAUGCAGCGUCACGUCUCGCGGCACAACCACCGGAACGAGGACGAGGAGAACUCGCUCUCCAUCGACUGUAUGAGGAUCUCCUUUGAAUACGACCUCCGCCUCACCCUCUACCAGCACUGGUCCCUGUACGAGAGCAUCUGUAAUUCCUGCUACACGUCGUGCCACUUCAAGCUGUGGACGUUAAAUGGCCAAAAGAAGCUGCAGGAGUUCCUGGCGGACAUGGGGCUGCCUCUGAAGCAAGUGAGACAGAAGUUCCACUCCAUGGACAUGGCGAUCAAAGGGAACCUACGGGACGUCAUCGAGGAGUCUUCCAAUAAAUACGGCAUGAAGGACAUCCGGGUCCAGACCUUUGGCGUUCACUUUGGCUUCAAGAACCGCUUCCUGGCCAGUGACAUGGUGCACGCCACUGCUGCCUUGCUGGAGAGCACUGAGAAAGAUGACAGCGCCAGCGACAACUUCCUCAAGGCUCUGGACUCUCUUUCCAGGGGCAACCUCGAUCGCCUCCACCUGGGCAUCGACCUGGCUAAGAAGAAGCUGAUGGCCAUCCAGCAGACGGUCGCCAGCUGCAUCUGCACCAACCUCAUCGUGUCACAGGGACCUUUCCUCUACUGCUACCUCAUGGAGGGAACUCCGGACGUGAAGCUCUUCUCGAAGCCCAUGGCCUUGAUUCUGCUCUGCAAAUACCUCCUGAAGGCUUUUGUCCAUUCCACGAGGAAUAAGCGCUGCAAACUGCUUCCUCUCGUCAUGGCUGCUCCCAAGGACGUGGAGAAGGGGUCCGUCAUUGUUGUGGGAAUCCCGCCGGAGUCUGAGACGUCUGACAAGAAGAACUUCUUCGGUCGAGCGUUUGAGAAAGCCGCAGAGAGCACCAGCUCCAGGACGCUCCACGACCACUUCGACACUUCAAUAAUCGAACUGAAGACGGAGGACCGGAGCAAGUUCCUGGACGCGCUCAUCACCCUCCUGUCGUGAGCCGGAGGCUGGGUUUGGGUCUGUUGGCGUCGCGCAUGUUCGGAGUCGCCCGGAAAAACUUUCUCCAUGAUCUCAAAGUGUGUUCAACCUGUGUGUAUAUUGUACAGUCUCUGUGAACGUGUGGAACCUCGUGUCUUUAGCUUUUCAUUUCUUUUCUUUAUUCCCGUCCGUAUGUGAGUCGCUCGUCAGUUUUUUAACGUGUUUAAUAAAUCUUACUAUUACUUA